UAAGGGUUUGUGAGGGUUGUUUUGGUCCCUUGCUUUGGUGGAUGAGGGUCCUGUUGGAGUGCUGGGUAGCAGUCUACAGAAUUACAGAAUCAAUUAGGUUGGAAAAGCCCUCUGAGAUCAUCGAGUCCAACCCAUGACUGAACGCCACCACGUCAACCCCACCAGGGCACUGAGUGCCGCAUCCAGUCUUCCUUAAGCACCUCCAAAGUCGGUGACUCCAUCACCUCCCUGGCGGCCCAUUCUAACGGAUGGGGAGGAAGCGUUAAUGGCUAAGGAGAGCCGUGCUUCCCGGGCUUAUUUCGGGCGGGAUGCUCGGGGAGCCGUGCUUCCCGGGCUUAUUUCGGGCGAGGUGCUCGGGGAGCCGUGCUUUCCGGGCUUAUUUCGGGCGGGGUGCUCGGGGAGCCGUGCUUUCCGGGCUUAUUUCGGGCGGGGUGCUCGGGGAGCCGUGCUUUCCGGGCUUAUUUCGGGCGGGAUGCUCGGGGAGCCGUGCUUCCCGGGCUUAUUUCGGGCGGGACGCUCGCUCCCUGUUCCCGGGGCCAGCGCUGUCCCGUGACGAGCGCCGCGGGGCCGCCGGGCGCUGCCUGUCCCGCUGCUGCCGCCAGAGGGCGCCGCGGCGGCCGAGCGCCUCCCCCUGCAGCCGGCGCUGGCGGCCGGUCCUGCCGGGAGGAGGGACGGGGAAGGCGGCGGCAGCAGGAGGAGGGCGGGCAGGCGGCGAUCGCCGCACCGCCACCAGCCGGAGGCCGCUGGCCCGCGCUCCUGCGGCAGAGGCGGGCAGCCGGGCGCGCCGUGCCCCUCGCCUCCUCCCCGCGCCGUGCGGCUCGGCGGCCCCCGCCAAGAUGUCUCGGGAGCCCGGCUGCAGCCGCUGGCUCCUCUUCGCUGCCUGCGCCCACCUCGUCUGCCUUCUCCCGCCGCUCCGCGCUCGGGCUUUUGCUGUAAGUGUAGUUUCUGAAGGUGCAGAAGAUGAGACUGAACUACCAGUGCUGCAGAAGUCUGGAAAAAGUAAAGCAAUUAGUAAAAUAGGCAGAGAAUUAAAAGGAAUUGUAUUUGUCAUCCAGAGUCAAAGUAAUUCUUUUCAUUCCAAGAGAGCAGAAGAUCUAAAAAGAGAUAUUUUGAAACAGGCUGUAGAUCUUGGAAAGGAAUUGCCUACGGUUCUGCUUAUUCAUCAGAUCGACAGGCAUGAAGGUGCAUGGACAAUAUUGCCAUUAAUGAAAGACUUCUCUGUUACCUAUGGUAGGAACGCCUCAUGGAUUUUCUUCUGUGAAGAAGAUACAAGAAUACAAGUCAUAAAACUGCUAGAAACACUCAGAAGAUUUGACAAGUCUAAGGAGUGGUUUUUAGGUAAAGCAUUAUAUGAUGAAGAAUCUACAAUAAUUCACCAUUAUGCCUUUGCUGAAAAUCCUACAGUCUUUAAAUUUCCAGAUUUUGCUGCUGGUUGGGCACUUAGCAUUCCACUUGUUAACAAGCUUGCAAAGAAGCUAAAGAGUGAACCACUCAAAUCAGACUUCACAAUAGAUUUGAAGCAUGAGAUUGCCCUGUACAUUUGGCAGAAAGGGGAAGGACCUCAUCUUACUCCAGUGCCCGAGUUCUGCACAGAUGAUGUGAAUUCAUAUAAGGCUGAUCACUGUGCAACAACAUUCAGUAAUUUCCUGCCACUUUGUGGAGAGCCAGUGAAUAAGGAAGAUGUUUUUGUUGCUGUAAAAACGUGUCGAAAAUUUCAUGGUGACAGAAUACCCGUUGUAAAGCAGACUUGGGAAAGAGAAGCUGCCCUUAUUGAAUACUACAGUGAUUAUGCAGACAUCUCCAUUCCUACUAUAGAUUUAGGCAUACCUAACACUGACAGAGGUCACUGUGGGAAAACUUUUGCCAUUUUGGAAAGGUUUUUGAAUCAUACUUCUCCCAGAACCCCUUGGUUAGUUGUAGUGGAUGAUGACACACUGAUAAGUAUAUCCAGACUCCGAAAAUUGCUCAGCUGCUAUGACCCAAAUGAACCAGUAUUCCUUGGAGAGCGUUAUGGCUACGGCUUGGGAACAGGAGGAUACAGCUAUAUCACUGGUGGAGGAGGGAUGGUUUUCAGCAGGACAGCUGUUCAGAAACUACUUGCCAGCAAAUGCCGGUGUUACAGCAUGGAUGCACCCGAUGAUAUGGUCCUUGGGAUGUGCUUCAGUGGCUUGGGAAUCCCUAUAACACAUAGUCCACUUUUUCAUCAGGCAAGGCCGAUGGACUACCCAAAAGACUACCUUUCUCACCAAAUUCCAGUAUCAUUUCACAAGCACUGGAAUAUUGAUCCAGUGAAGGUGUAUUUCACAUGGCUGGCACCAAACACAGAAGAGUCACGUAAUGGAAAGAAUGUUGGAUAUAACAGAGAGGAUUUAUAAGCAGUAGAAGAAUGCAAGUGUUAAUUACUAUUUUACAGCUGAGAGACAGUCACUGCUGUGAUUUUUGCUUUGUUUUCACAUUGUUCAUCUGUUCACGACAUAAGAAGACAGUAUUUUGUUCCUGUUGGCUGCAUCCCUUCCGAGCAAUGGAAGAAGGCACUUAAAUGACUUUUGGAUUCUUUUCCUCCGCUUGGUUUCUCUUUAGAACGUUUUUGGGCUUUGUAUGCCAAUGAACUUGACUCACAUUUAAGAGUCUUGUACAGCUUUACCUGUGUUCUGCUUUGGACUUGGUUCAGACAGCAUCAAUUUACAUUCCCUUCCUUUGCUCUCUCAAAAGCUGAAUUUAUGUAUGUGGGAGCCUAAUAUUGAAUAAGUGUUGAACAUCUAUUAAACAUCAUCUCUCACUGACUUACGGAAAACAGUUCUCUGAAAGGUUCUGGAACAGUUUCUUGAUAAAUCAUAGAGGACACUUGACUUUUUUCUGCAGCCUGGAGCUAGAUUGUAUAAAGGCUCAUUUCAGAUAUACUGUGGUUUUCUGGAGUAGCUGGACCAGGCAUGAAACCACUGCUGUACCUUUUAAGUUUAUUGGCAUUUGUGUGGCAUGUCAUGUACAAAAUGGAAAAAAAGGUUAAGGACAGGGAUUUCUUAGGUGGCCACGGGAGGUCACUGUGACUCCUUUAGAAACUGAAGUCACCAUACAUCAAUUUGGCAAACGUAAAAGUGACUCUUCAGAAUUUUUACACAACUAACAUUUCAGUAUUUCUGAUGUGUGCAUUUCAAUAGCAUAUGAAUGCCAGCUUUAAAAAUUUUGUAGUAUCCCUAAUUUAUAUCAUCAAGAUAAGUAAUUUGAUUCAUACAACACGUAAAGUGUGAUUCAUAUUUAAAAUGUUCUUGAGGUUUUUUUAGUAAUUCAGUUUUGUAAAAAUGUUUGUACAAAAACUGGUUUUAGUAUGUUCUAAACUACUUUUUAUAUUGUAAAACGACUUCUUUUAAAAUGACAGUAUAUGGCACUUGUAUGCUGUUACUUAACUUGGCUUGCUAUAUUGUAACCAAAUACAGGGUCUUAAAGCCAUACUGUUGAAGUAAUUCAUGUUUUGGUUUCUUUUAGUAGGUUAAAAAUUGAUUCCAUUCCAAAGAAAAGCAAUAUUUGCUCUAGAGUCGAAGUAGGGGAGCCAUUGAUUCCUGUCUCGGUAAUUACUGAACUUGUAUAAACAUUUGUUUGUGAAUGUAGCUUGUGGCUUUCUAAGCAUUGAAUAGCAAGCACAUAUUCAUAAUAGAUUCGAAUUCUGAUUAAUAAAGAGCAGUCCGUGUUGUGUCUUUUUUCUUCCCACUACCAGUGCCUUAAACAGUAGAUAUUUUACUGAUACCAGGACUGUAUUCUCUGAUACCAUUGGUGAAUUGUUAAUUAUGUUUACUGUUUAGAACUGUGAAAGCUGAAUAAAAGCAUUAUUUAACCUUU